GAGGAAGAGGCUACAAUAUGUAUUAUAUGUAGGAGGAGUCUUUUGAAAUGACAAAUAGGGAAAGAUUAAACACACCAGCACCAUUCUAAAACAUACUUACCACUAAAAGAGGACUGCUGAAAAUACUGGCUGAACGAGAAAUCCUACACCAUGUGCUUGAAUUAUUCAGAAGAGGAGAGGAACGGCCUCUACUCAACUGGGUCCCAUCAAGAAAAUGCUUGGUUUGCCACCUUCUACACCAUAGUCUUCAUUCUUUCUGUGCCCUGUAAUGCCAUGGCUCUUUGGGUAUUUUGUAAAAGCAAGAGAUGCUCCUCAUCCAAGGUGUUCCUGCUGAACCUGGCAGUGGCCGACAUUCUCUAUGUGCUAGUUCUGCCCAUGCGAGUGGUCUACCAUGCUUCAGACAGCCACUGGCCACUUGGGGAGGUGUCUUGUCGCUUGGUGGGUUUCCUCUUCUUCCUAAACCUCUACUGCAGCAUGUACUUCAUGACUUGCAUCAGCCUGGACCGCCUUUUGGCCACUGUCCUACCACUGCGGUGUCAGAACCUGAGGACAGCCACCAAUGCUAAAGCAGCUUGCAUAAUUCCAUGGGUGCUAGUGACUGCUUCAAUGGCGCCUGUGCUUUUUACAUCCCAGACUGUGGCAAUCCAAUCACCAGAAAGGAAUGUGACCGUGUGCCAUCAGCUAUACCUUGAGAAAACUUCCCAUAAAGCUCUGAUGUCAACUGCGGUGGCCAUUGCCAUCCCUCUGGUCUUCCUGACAAUCUCCUACAUCCUCAUUUUGCACAAGCUCAGAAUGAUGAUAUUUCAUGAGAGAACUCUUGUCCAGCAGAAAGCAGUGAGAAUGAUUGUGCUGACGAUGGUCAACUUCCUCAUUGCCUUCGUGCCCUACCACAUACACCGUUUCAUUUACAUCAAACGCCACACUCAAGGCCACAUAUCAGAUGUUGAAAUUCGAUCAUUGGCUUUCGGCAACCGCUUAACUUCCGCUCUCACCUGUGUCAGUGGUGUGUUGGAUCCAGUCAUGUACUUUUUCCUGGCAAGGAACUACCAGAACACUCUACUUCAGCUGUGCGGAAGGAUGUCUGAUAAAGACAGGUCCACCACCUGAAUGCGGAACAUUUAGAAGAACAAAGUGAAAUUGGAACAAAGCUACUCAUAAACUAGGUUUAUUUAGGGAAGGAUUUAUGGUCUACAAAUAAUGUUCCAUUGGUGCUGAGUUUUAGGAACUUUAUAGAACAUUAUAGAAGCCAUUGUAAAACAAGUAAUAGGCCAAGUUAAAGUCCUCACUAAAUGGACUGGAUAAAUAGGGGUAAUUUGUGCAAUGGAUGAUUUGGAAAAAGGCCUUGAUGGCAUCAGCUGUUUGAAUGUUUGUGGGUCAUUCUAAAGAAACGUCCACUUUUAUAUCUAUCCACAGGAGUCACUAGUGUGACCAGUCCUCAUUGGUGUUACACACAAGAAAGGUAACACCAGUAACAGAAACACCAUGACUUUUUUAAUAAAAAAUGCAAAAUGUUACAAAAUGGUUGCUACAAAGCACCAAACCACAUGUCGUCAUUCAUGGAAUAUCCAUUAGAAUAUGUAAAUUAGUCCAUUUGUAUUCUCUUUUUUCACAAUUAUGUAGGAAUAAAAUAGGUCAUACCACUGACCUCAGCGAAAAGCUUCAUAUAAAAUCAUGAGCUAAAUGAGAAAAUGUCUAAUACCUGAAAGGCACAGUGGACUAAACAUUAGCUUUUCUUCAUAGAUCCUCGAAAAGUAGGUGAAAGGAAGAAAAAUGUGUUAUUUUUACUUCAAAAUAUGGUCUCACCCUUUACACCUGACUGUGGGGAUGAGCACUUUUGUGGUGCUUGGAAUUCUAUAUGAUUGAUAUUAUGGCCAAUAUUGCUAAAUUGAUGGUGUAGUUGUUAAAAUUACUUAUGGCUUCAUUUAAAAAUAUAAAUACACUGUAACCCUAACAUGUUUUUCAAGUGUAAUAUAUCUGUAAAUGCUAGGUACACAAAAAUGGAUGUUUCUGUAGAAUGACCCUUGCCGUGUUUUCUGAAGCAUUAUCAGUCAUAUAACUAAGUCAGUGAGUGGCAGUCACAUGUUUCCUUUAAUCGGGAAUCUCUGUUUUAUUUUCCCCUUUUGAACUAUGUGACUCAUGUCACAACCAGCCAGUUUCUCAUCAAACAGUCUCGUAAAAGAGGAAACUGAAUUGAAUGUGUGUAUCUGCUGUUCUCCACUUUGCUUGCCUCACUGGUCACAAUAUGCUAACAACUACUUAUGGUGUUUAGGAAUAAAUGUGUAAUAGAAAUAAUCGCAUGUUAUUGCAUGUCUUUAUGGAAGAGUAAAGGAUACAGUGCAGUCUGGAAUAGUUGCUGGAAAAGAUGAGCAAAAACAUCUAGCACUGUGAAGGUAAGACAAAUUUUUCAGUGAGGUAAAAUUCUUCCAGGUUAAAAACAAAUCCAUACAAAAUACCUUUGUCAAAGUAACUGGUUAUUCUUUUAUGAUGAUGGACCAUAUCAUGCACUGUUUACAUGUUUUUUCUUCAUCUUUAUUACUCUCUUUCAUGUCAACAGAAGCAGACCAAAAAGCAGUAGUGGUCUGAUAUUGCAAUAUCCAAAAUUCCAUUU